UCUUAAAUGGCUAAUUAUCUCUCUCAUGUGUGAUGUGGCAAGAAUAUUCUGGCGAGUUCAGUUGAGCUUGAGAGUGUUUCUUUAUGCACAAAAACAGGCUGAAUAUCUGUUUAGCAGCAUGAGCUUGCUCUCCAAUGACUUCAUUGCUAAACAAGUAAGCAAAGAUCCUGAAGGUUAUGUUCCAAUAUCAAUCAUUGCUAACACAAAGAAAAUCAAAUCCCUCGUGACCAACAAUCAGUUGCUCGCACAAGCAUUGCGGUCCUCUCCAAAUCUCGUUGUCAGUAGUGACGGAAAGAGAGUUAGACGUCGAUCACCUUUCACCGAAAAGGAAAAGGAGGAUUUGCAGUCUCGCACCAUUGUGGUGGAGAAUUUGCCUGAAGAUCAUUCUUACCAUAAUCUAGAAAAGAUAUUCAGCGCAGUAGGAAGUGUUAGAAACAUCCGAAUAUGCCAUCCCCAAGAGUCGAAUUCUUCCCGCCCCAUAGGCGACAUCUUUAUUCGUAACAAGCUUCACGCGCUGAUAGAAUACGACAGCACUGAGACUGCAGAAAUGGCGGUUGAGAAGUUAAACGACGAAAGGGACUGGAGGAAAGGACUUCGAGUCAGAUUACUUCUUCGGCGCACGCCGAAAUCUGUCUUGAAGAAUAGAAAGUUUGAUUUCGAUACUAUACUAGACGAGGAGGAGGGACUACUUUCUGAUCCUACAGACGAUUUGCACCCAAGCAAUUCAGAACUCUGUCUUGAGGCUAAUGCGGAAGAAUAUGCAGCGGGCUUGAAAAAGGGAUGGGCUAGGGGCCGUGGAAAGUUGCGAGGACGAGCACAAAGUGGGCACGGAGUUCUCGCUCCUUCACCGCAGGCGGGCAACACAAUCGUCGUCCAGUCCGAAACCAUGCCAAAGCAGGUGCUAAAGGGCCCGAGAAUGCCGGACGGCACAAGGGGCUUUACCAUGGGGCGAGGGAAGCCAAUGCCUCUCCAAAACUCGAGCCAAUCUAUGGAUUGAUUGAUUGGGAUGCGUAUCACGAGGAGAUGUUGCUAGGUUACGGUUGCGGCUCAAACGGCUAGGUAAAUUGUGUUUAAUAAGCUUCCUAUAAGAUACUGCAAGAUGUUUUUGGGCACAAGAUUUGUCCAAAUACUCGAGCUUUUAA